AUUUUGCCCUCCGCUGUUAUAUCGACGCCCACCAUUACCACAUCGCCGUCUUCCCGUCUCCUCCUCCUCCUCGCUCGGCUGCUUGCCUAGGGUUUCGCCUACUCCCGCCCCGCGCCUCCAGCCGUCGCUUCAGAUCCCGCUGCUGCCGGCACUCGAUCCUUCUUCGUUGCUCCUCGCUGAUCCCGCUGAGCUCCGAUUUGCGCCCUUCCUCCCCGCCGGAACAGCGUCCGGACGCGCGGAGGCAGAUCUGGGUUUUGGUGGCCCGCUUGGUGUAUGAGAAGGCCUCUAGAGCUUUGGAGUAAUGGAGGUGGAGCCGGCGAGGAGGGACGCGGCAGCGCUGGACCCGGAGCUGCUGCAGCUGGCGGAGCUCGCGCCGGGCGCGCUUCGUGAGAACUCCAUAAUAGCUGAUGCGCUCUACUCGCAGUGGCUCGUGCUACCCGAGACGGCCAAACUGGUAAAGUCUUUGAUUGAGGAUGCAAAGACUGGUGCCGUGCUUAAUGUUGUUGGAAGCUCUGCUAGCACAAAUGCUGCUUCAAGCAGUUCCCUACCGUCGAUGUUUCCUGCUGGUAGUGCUCCACCACUUUCUCCUAGGAGCACUUCUGGGUCCCCCCGUGUUAUGAGACGAGGAUCUGGAGCUGGACCAUCGUCCUUGGGUUCUCCAUUAAAAUUAGUUAGUGAACCAGUGAGAGAAGUUAUACCUCAGUUUUACUUCAAGAAUGGGCGUCCUCCUACAAAAGAUUUGAAGGAGCAGUGCUUAUCAAGAACAGAUCAUCUAUUUUUUGGUGGGGAGGGACUUCAGAUUCAAGAAUUCAGAUCGGUCACAAAGGACAUAUGUAAACUUCCUUCAUUCUUCUCUAGUGUUCUUUUCAAGAAAAUUGAUGUUGCAUGCACUGGAACUGUCUCAAGGGAUGCAUUUGUUGAGUACUGGAUCAAUGACAAUAAGAUUACAAUGGAUAUGGCUAGUCAAAUAUUUGAAAUAUUAAGAAAGCCGGGUUACACAUAUCUCACUCAGGAUGACUUCAAGCCUGUCCUGAAAGAACUACUGGCAACUCACCCUGGCUUAGAGUUUUUACAAGGGACCCCCGAAUUUCAGGAGAGAUAUGCGGAGACUGUGAUAUACAGAAUCUUUUACUCCAUAAAUAGAUCUGGGAAUGGCCAUCUGACUCUGAGAGAGCUCAAACGUGGAAAUUUAAUUGCUGCACUUCAGCAGUUAGAUGAGGAAGAAGAUAUCAACAAAGUGUUGAGAUACUUCUCAUAUGAGCACUUCUAUGUUAUCUACUGUAAAUUCUGGGAGCUGGAUACAGAUCACGAUUUUUUGAUUGAUAAGGAAAAUCUCAUCAGAUAUGGAAAUCAUUCGUUGACCUAUAGAAUAGUUGAUAGAAUUUUCACACAGAUCCCAAGGAAAUUCACAAGCAUGUCAGAAGGAAAGAUGGGUUAUGAAGACUUUGUUUACUUCAUAUUAUCAGAGGAAGACAAAUCAUCUGAGCCUAGCCUUGAAUACUGGUUUAAGUGCAUCGAUCUUGAUGGUAAUGGUAUUUUAACUUCCAAUGAAAUGCAAUUUUUCUACGAGGAGCAAUUACACCGAAUGGAGUGCAUGGCACAGGAGCCUGUGCUUUUUGAGGACAUACUAUGCCAGAUGAUUGAUAUGAUUGGACCAGAGAAUGAGAGCUAUUUCACUCUACGGGACUUAAAACGGUGUAAACUCUCAGGGAAUAUAUUCAAUAUUCUUUUCAAUCUCAACAAGUUCAUGGCGUUUGAAACUCGUGAUCCAUUCCUCAUUCGCCAGGAACGUGAAAAUCCAACUCUAACUGAGUGGGAUCGGUUUGCGCAUAGAGAAUAUAUUAGAUUGUCCAUGGAAGAAGAUGGUGAGGAUGCUUCAAAUGGAAGUGGUGAUGUGUGGGAUGAAUCACUUGAGGCUCCAUUCUGAAUGGUGUCUUGCUGCUUGAAUCUGGUUGGACAUGGAUGAUUAUGGUUGUGAAGUGGAAGAAUUGUAAAGUUGGUGGCUACCCUGUGGAGGCCAUUGUAGUCUCACAGCAGAUUCAGUAACACCAAAGACUACUUACAAGUUUUACUGUGCAGAUCUGAUUCGAUAUUUGUCAGUUAUCCUGUUGUGCAAACAUUUUUGCUUGGCUGGAAAAUUGGGGAGGGAGGUUGGUGGGCGCCCUGCAGUUUCAAGGCAACAACCUCGGCAGUCACAAAUGAUACUAUAGUGAAGGACCCUUCCUGGUCGGCUAGUUCCAUUUGUGUUCUGAUUGGUCCUUAGGGGGAUAUCAGUUAAUUCAAUUGUUGUGCAAAUUUUGGAGCUGAACUGUUAAUGUUUGGCUGCCAUUUUCUUUGUUAAUCUUGGAAGUGCGGCCUAGCAAUUCCAUCACAACUAAGAUCGUGGCAUGUAGCUUUCAGGUUCUGCUUUCUCAUCAGCAUGGUGUUUUGUAGUUCCUGGUUUGUUGCCGUUCUUGGUGCAUCUUGGGAGGAAUGAUCUGAGAACUUGGAGCGUUGGAUACUGUUGUCAUUUUGUAACAUUACCGAGAAGCUGUGGAUUGGGUGCAUAGUAACACAAAGGUAGAUAACAUUGGCAAUUCAAUUUUUGUUAAGGUGUAAAUUCAGAGAAUGUUUUAGGUCGCAAGUACUAUUCGUUAGGUUCGAUCUCUUCCUUGAAAGUGCUUUGCCUGUUGAGCUACUUAUUUCGUGAUGUGUUGAAACUUGACUCGUA